AUGUCCGAACAACUGAAGGUAUCCCCAACAAGCAGGUCACUUCUGAACGACAAGUGGGACGUUGUCCUCUCGAAUCUUGUGGUGAAGACUGGCUUAGGGUUCGGUGCAGGCGUGGUGGCUUCCGUAUUGCUAUUCAAGCGUCGCGCAUUCCCAGUUUGGAUCGGCGUGGGUUUCGGGCUCGGUAGAGGGUAUGCCGAAGGCGAUGCCAUUUUCCGUUCCUCUGCCGGUUUGAGAACUGUGAAAGCUUAA